CUGCCACCGCGCAUUCCCUACAAACUCAACACAACCAAAACACCUUAUCACUCUCUCUCUCUCUCUCUCUGUCAGCCAUGGCUGGAACGGUUUCACUAUGCAUUGCAUCGUUGGUUACCCUUUUCGUUGCCACCAGUGCCAGAAUUCCCGGUGUCUACACCGGUGGUGCAUGGCAGGGUGCCCACGCUACUUUCUACGGUGGAAGCGAUGCCUCUGGAACAAUGGGUGGGGCAUGUGGGUACGGGAACCUAUACAGUCAAGGGUAUGGAGUGAACACUGCAGCUUUGAGCACGGCACUGUUCAACAAUGGGUUGAGUUGCGGCGCGUGUUUUGAGAUAAAGUGCGACCAGGACCCACGGUGGUGCAACCCUGGGAGGCCUUCCAUCAUCAUCACAGCCACCAACUUCUGCCCUCCCAACUUCGCCCUUCCCAGCGACAAUGGCGGCUGGUGCAACCCUCCGCACCCCCACUUCGACCUAGCCAUGCCCAUGUUCCUCAAGAUCGCCCAGUACCGCGCCGGAAUUGUCCCCGUCAGCUACCGCCGGGUGGCAUGCAGAAAGGCUGGUGGAAUUAGAUUCACUAUCAACGGCUUUCGUUACUUCAACCUGGUUUUGAUCUCCAACGUGGCGGGUGCAGGGGAUAUCGUGCGCGUGAGUGUGAAGGGAAGCAAAAGUGCGUGGAACAGCAUGAGCCGAAACUGGGGCCAAAAUUGGCAAUCCAACGCCAAUUUAGUGGGCCAGGCCCUUUCCUUUAGAGUCACGGGCAGUGACAGACGCACGUCAACCUCGUGGAACGUGGCACCUUCUCAUUGGCAGUUCGGGCAGACCUUCACGGGCAAGAAUUUCCGCGUCUGAAAGAAAAUUUAAACAUAAAUGUUUCUUUUAGUAGUUUCAGUCUUUUCUUUAAUUAUAUUUUUUAUAUCUAAAAUUUGAGAUGAUUUUAGUUUUGAUC